UAAUAAAAAGAAAUAAUAAUUAUUAUGAACGUUUAUUUGAAUUAUAUGAAAGUAUAGGAAAUAUUAUUGAAUAAAUCAAAUAAAGUAACUAGUGCGUGCAGUGAGUAAAAAAAUCGCCAUUUUGGCGGGGUUGACGUGUUUUCACGGCGUGCAUCGAAUAAUCGUAAUACACAAGGUAGAUUAAUAAUAAAGAAAAAUAAAUAUGAAAAAUCAUAGAGAAAUAAUCAGCGCACGAAUGUUACACUAAAAACUGUAAACGAAUACCGUUAUUCGUAAUGACGACUAGUCUAGGAACAAAGCGUGCGUUUUAAGCCGACGACAAACGAGGACACGUCGUGUAAAAUUUUCAACCACGCUAGGGUGGGGGAGACAAUGCACUAUGGGAAGAAUUUACGACAGACGCAUGCGUAGUUCAGUUUACAGUUGGAGCUUGGAAGAAAAUGGCGUCUGCUAAGUUUCUGGAGGAAGCUCUGAGUACGGACAUUGACGAAUCUGCUGUGAACGCAAUAGUAGGCUCCCUCGAAACACAGCUUGUAACAUCGACGCCAACCGUUUCUGGCCAUCAAGCAAGUUCUGCGACGGCUAGUCAACAGAAUCAUCAGGUGAAUAGCAAUAUUUCCAACGGGGGCACCAUUACUGCAUCGAUACAACCACAGAAACAUGGGGUUUCCAACGGUGGCGGUGCCACCCUUGUGAACAAUCUUUUGACUCAAGAAGUUACAAAAUCGAUCACCACGAGUACUUUACUACCAGUGAAUGUAGUAACCUCGAACGCGGUAGCACCAGGACAAGAAUCUGUUAAGAUAAUAUAUCCUACGAUCGGACAAGUUAUUGCUACAACGGGAGUAGCAACGGCUAAUAACAAGCUUCCUUUCCCUACACAAACUGUUGGGCAAUUGGCUAAUGGUACAUUGGGCAUAACCUCACAAGCAGUGCUACAGACAACAUCCAACGCUGUCUCGAACGUUGGUACUAUCAGUCAAACUGGUAAUCAGGCAGUGACUGGAGUAAACAAGCAGACAGGCACUGCUUUAGUGAUAAAGACUAGUGUAGCACCCGGUGGAAUGGUUUCCGUCCCAAUGUCUGUUCCGGUCUCUGUGACUAGCAGUGUCGUUAGUACGGCAUUGCAAGGUAAAGCUGUAACACCAACAAUAGUACCCAGCAAUGUGCAAAUUCUCAAUGUUAAUGCAAUGAGACCAGGAACACCAGUAGCAGCUCAACAAGCAGGAAAGCAAGUUGCACCAAGAGUGGUUAUUGGUCCACACAUGGUUGGAGCAAAACCUGGAGCUCAAGGGAUUACAUUGCAAGCACUGCAUGGUCUCCAACCUGGAACUCAAGGCCAUUUAUUAUUAAAAACAGAAAAUGGUCAGUAUCAGUUAUUAAGAGUAGGACCAGCACCAACAGCAGGAACACCAUCCGGUACUGCUGUUACUCCAAAUAGUAUCACAGGAAAUGCAGUGGUUGCAGCUCCAUCCCCUGGCACUACCUAUCGUCUAGCCUCUGUGCCAGCUGUAAGUAGGCUGAACACACAGUUCACUGGUCCACCACUCGCCACCUUAAGAAAACCCGUUCAGCAGACGGUAGCAGCUACCAUCACUACAACAAUUGUAACACCUCCUACUCUUACAACCGCCGCUACUACAACAGCUAUUCCAACUGCUACUACAGUUCAAGCAGUUCAGACGCCGGCACAGCGUCAAACUUUAGAUAAUACCAAAGAAAAGUGCCGUAAAUUUUUAGCAAAUUUAUUAGAAUUGUCUAGUCGUGAGCCUAAAUCAGUGGAACGAAAUGUUCGGACUUUGAUACAAGAAUUAAUUGACACUAAAGUUGAGCCUGAAGAAUUUUGUGAUAGACUUGAAAAAUUAUUGAAUGCGUCUCCACAGCCAUGCCUAAUUGGCUUUCUCAGAAGGAGUUUACCACUUCUACGUCAAUCUCUUGUGAUGAAUGAAUUAGUCAUUGAUGGAAUAAAACCUCCUCCAGCUAGUGUUGUGUUUACUAUAGCAUCUACAACACCACCAGUAGUAACGCAGCAACAAAAUCAAAUAAGACCAACAGCAGCAAUUGCUCCUACAAUUCCUGUUGCAACAACACCAGCUACACAAGUGAAAGUAAUGGCGCCAUUACCUACAGCAACAACGACAGUACCUCGACCUACCCAACCAGUACAACAAAGGGUGAUGCGUCCUAUGCCAACUGUUGUACGCAGCCCAGCUUCUUAUGCUGUUAAAUCAACAGUAGCUGUUACUAAUAUACGUCCUACACCACCCGUCGUUCAAAAGGCACCAAUUACGACGACUGUUGUUAAAACAGUAACAACUACUGCACAAGCCAAAACAGUUAACACACCUUCUAUCGUUAACAGGACCAUAGUGCCUUCUUUGGUGCCAAAACCCACUGCCAAAGAAAAAGAAAAGAAGACUUUUUCUUCAGCUGGGUAUACCGGAGAUGAUGACAUUAAUGAUGUAGCAGCUAUGGGUGGUGUCAAUCUUGCAGAAGAAUCUCAAAGAAUUCUUGGCUCAACAGAGUUUGUAGGGACACAGAUACGUUCUUGUAAAGAUGAAGUAUUCUUACAUAUGGCACCGUUACAACAAAGAAUUAAGCAAAUAGUUUCUAAUUAUGGCUUAGAAGAACCUAAUCAGGAAGUGGCUGCAUUGAUUUCCCAUGCUACACAAGAGAGGCUAAAAAAUGUGGUUGAAAAAUUGGCAUUAAUUGCCGAACACAGGAUAGAUCUUAUAAAGGUGGACCCAAGAUACGAAGUGACGCAGGACGUAAGAGCACAGUUAAAAUUUCUGGAAGAUCUAGAUAGGGUAGAACGCAGAAGACACGAAGAACAAGAAAGAGAGGUACUGCUGCGCGCUGCUAAAAGUCGUGCUAAAACAGAAGAUCCUGAGCAAGCUAAACUGAAGGCCAAAGCCAAAGAGAUGCAACGUGCAGAAAUGGAAGAAUUAAGACAAAGGGAAGCAAAUUUAACUGCUCUACAGGCAAUUGGUCCUCGCAAAAAACCUAAGCUCGAUAUCGGAGGACCUGCUAAUAGUCCAGGAAAUAAUUCCAAUUUAAACACCUCAGUAACAGGAAUGAACAGACAAAUGCCAUUGAGACCGCGUUUAAAGAGGGUAAACUUUCGCGAUUUAUUGUUUCUUCUCGAACAAGAGAAAGAAACGUGUAGAAGCACAAUGCUAUACAAGUCUUACUUGAAGUGAUGUUCUAUGAAGGGCAGGAACUCGAAUGAUCCGCCCGACAUAUGGCGUCCUACAUACAUGGUCUUGUGUGAGCUGGUCUCAAUGGACCUGAAUGGACAGUGCGGUUUUACACUGUAUGUUGUAUCGUAUGGCAUUUCAUAUCGUAUGUUUUACGAUGACAUUUGCUGCGGAUCAGCCUUGUGAUAUCGCAUACAUUUAAAAUGACGUUAUUUCUACCAUGCUUCCCUACUGUAAAUGACUGACAAAAAAUUUUUUAAAUGUAAUAUAAUAGAUCGUUCUUUAUUUUUCAACACGAAAUUCACAUUAAUGAAAAAGAGUAAUGUGUAUGAGCACAUCUCUCGUCGCGUUAGUCUUGAAUAGCCUUUAUGGCACGGAGUAAAUGUGAUUAACCAUAUAUGAAUAUUGUUAUAUGGUGGAUGUGUGUUAUCAUAGAAUGAUUAUAUGAAAAUGAAUGAAUGUGUGUACAUUGUCAUGCUAUAUAUACAUGCCUGCUGCAUUAUAAUACUUGACCUAUACUUUUGGACAUUGUAGCAAUAGUGUGUAAGAGAUAUACAUGCGUGCAGGUUUUGUUAAAAUAGUAAAUUGUAUUUUUGCAAAUAAUACAACAUAAUAUGACACGAGCACAUUGUCCAAAAUGUAUGGAAAAUUUGUACAAUAUCUUACACGUUAAUAUCAUAUAGAGAUAAUUUCAAUGUUGGUACAACAAAAUAUAGCUACGCUCCACCAAUACGAUGGAAUUGUUAUCAGUAUAUUAUGUUGUAAUCUACAUUUUCAGUGUUUAUAAAAAAAAAAAAAAACAACCAACUAGCUGUUACGUUUUUUAUUAAAGAAACAUUUACAAAA